AUGUUGAAACGUGACGAUAAUAUUGAACGUGAGCGUAAGUUUCAGAAACAUACUAAUCUGAAUGAAGAAAUUGCUCCAGAGAUCUUGAAUCAUGAUAAGCGUUCUGGUGGUAUGUCUCAUUCCUUAGGGGGACCAGGGUCAGAUACUACUGGUCACGGUUUAGCGGGCAUUAGUGAUAUCCAUUCUGUUGAAGUAGAAACAGCAGCUGAAGCUGCUGCAAGAGCUGCUGCUGCUGCUGAAGAAGUCACUGCUGCAGCAUUAGCAGCAGUUAGUGCUGGUCGUCUUGAUGGAUCUGGAGAAGAUCAUGGUAGCAUCGAUGAUAAGCUGUGGAACAAAGUACCACCUCCACUUAUGGCAGCGCCAAACCAACUUGGUGGUGCAACAGUUGGUCAACUUGGAGUUGAUGGUUCAAAUGGUAAUGGGAUGGGAGAUUCCGAAGAUGGUAGUAUUCAUGGUAAUAAGGUAAGACAAUAUCGCUCACCUUAUAUAUGUACUCGGUGUGACCUUACAUUUGAUUCUAUGGGAACUUAUAGAACUCAUAUUGCUCAUACACAUAGUAGUGCUAGAAGACACAUGUGCUUACUUUGUAAGAAGACAUUCAGUCAAUUACAAAAUCUUGAAAUCCAUCGUCAAAAUGUUCAUCGGAAUUUGGAUAAUAAAGAAACUGAAGAUCAUACAAAGUUGCAAAAUCUUCGUGUUUUCCAUUGUACAUUUCCUGCUUGUCCCACGACAUUUAAAAGCUAUAAAGAUAUGGUAGAACACAGAAUGAGAGUUCAUGAUCAAAUUCCACUUUUGAAGAAACCAUACCGGAAGGCAGAAAGACCAAAGGAACAUAAGUGUACUUGGCCACAAUGUGAACGAGCUUUUAUGAAGCUUAGUGAUUUAACCAGACAUCAAAGAGUUCACACCGGAGUUAAACCUUUUAAAUGUACUGUUUGUGAGGCUGCUUUUGCUCAAAAGUACCGGUUAACAACCCAUAUGAGAAGUCAUACAGGAGAGAAACCAUUUAUAUGUAAGAUUUGUGGGAAGUAUUUUGCUCGUGGAGACAGUGUACAAUCACACACAUUCUUGGUUCAUAAGCAAGAGUUGCAGCAAUUACAGGAGAAGGCUUAUGCCACUGAGCAACAACAAAUGUGA